AUGGAGAGAAUUAUUAAAUUCGGUAAAACGAUACGAAACAAUUGGAAAAAAUCGGUUGUUGGUGUUGUGGCUUUGUAUUAUGGCGCCGCAACACUAAAGGAAAAGUAUGAAAUCAACUUGCUUAUGCGUGCAGCUUGCAGAGAGGCUGUAAAAUAUGGUGAUUCUUUAAUUCCAACGGAGAGGAAUCCAACUGUAGUCACAAUUAUUUUGAAUCCUGCAGCUAAUAAAAGGAAGGCGAAACGUGACUUUGAGAAAUAUUGUGAGCCAUUACUUCAUUUAGCUGGUUUACAGGUGGAUGUUAUACAAACUACAUCAGAAGGAAAUGCUAAAGAAAUUGUAGAAACUUUGCGUGGAACAGAGGCCAUAAUUGUAGCAGGUGGUGAUGGAACUUUCUCAGAAACUAUUACGGGUUUGUUAAGAAGAAAUGACAAUGCAAAUCAGUUUCCACUCGGUGUCUUGCCACUUGGUCGUACCAAUUCCCUGGGAAAUAACUUAUUCCAAGGGGGCAAGGGAGUUGAUAAAGUCAAGCAACUAAUUGAGGCCUCUAUGGCUAUCAUCAAAGGGAAUACAAUUUGGAAAGACGCAAUGAAGAUUGAACCAUUAGUUCAAGACGGAGAAGUGCCAAGCCGACCUAUCUAUGCAAUUACUUCUUUAGAAUGGGGAGCUUUUAGGGACACAUUAGCGAAGAGAGACAAAUAUUGGAUUUAUGGUCCACUCAGAGAGUAUGCCUCAUUCAUUUUCAAUGGUUACAAAGAAUCUCUGAACUGGAACUGCAGCGGAGUGAUAAACUACACACCCCCCUGCGCCGGAUGCAGCAAUUGCCUGAGAAAACGACCAGAAAUUAAGAGGAAAUGGAGUUUCUUUAUGCCAAACACCCAGACCACCCAGCUGGAUAAUGGAAGCAUUGCCAACCCUGAUUGCGCAACAUCACAAGAGAUAUGCUUCAAGACUAGUGACUUCCGAAUCAGAACUAGGAAUUUCGAAAACACAAACAUACCUUCCCUGAGCGUGGUUUUGGGGAAGAAUAAAUACACUUACUCAGAAUUUGUCUCUGAAGGUUGGAGGCGUAUACAAGGCUCCGAGGAAAAUAUAAAAUCCAUAGAGGCAAGGACAGUGGAACUUCAACCUAAAGAGUCCGGUUCUGAGGUGGUCAUUGGUAUUGACAGAGAAGAAUUUGAAGUGAAACCAAUAAAAGUCACACUGCUGCCUAAUGUAAUUAAGUUGUUUUAUAAUCCAGAUAAAGCAGUUAUU